AUGAGUUCUUCAUCAAUUGUAACAAGUAAUACUAGCUCAAAAGACGAAGACGUUGCUUUUUGGCUUCAUAAUAAACUUGGUUCACAUGUUGAUUUAUGGUCAUCAUUUAGUAUAAGUUCAACAUUAACACAAGAACAUUUAUUAUCAAUAAAAUCCAUUCUAUGGAGUUUAGAUACACUUGUUAAAGUUAAAUUAUUACUAUCAUUUAUUCAUAUACCUAAACGAAAUAUAAAUGAGUGGGAAACUUUACUAAAAGAUAUUAUUGAAUUAAGUCGAAAAGAUAAUGUUGGUGAUCAAUGGGUCGCUGUUAUAAGCGAAAUUAUGAAAACAUUUCCAGAUAAAGCACUAUUUAAUCUUGAUUUAACAGAUCAAGAAUGUGAGGGUUUUACAGAUGGAAUACAAGAAUUACGAAAAACAGUUAAAAAGAAUAAUGAUACAACACAUUUACCAUUAGAAUCAUGUUAUUUAGGAAAAAGUGCAUUAAAAAUGUUAACAGGUGAUAUACCAAAUCCAUCAAAAUGUUUUAGUCUUAUACGUAAAGCGAAAUCUGCAAGAAUUAGACAAGAAUUAUUAGAGAAAAGUGCUCAAACAUCUAAAACAAAGAAAAUAUCAGAUUAUGCAACUAUACCUGGAUCUCGACGAUCAGUUGAUGAAUAUUCAUCUAUUUAUUCUUCAACAAGUUCAACAUCAAAACAAUCAAAUAUUGGCUUUCUUAAAUCAAAUCCAAUAAGUACAACAUCUGGAAUUAUUGGUACAGCACGUUUACAUAAUCGUCGUGAAGGCAAUGUUAAACUUCUUUCAUUAGAAGAAGAACAAGCUUUGAGCGAUAAAAAACGAAAGAAAACUAUAUUGGAGGAUGACGAUGAUGGUAAUGAAAAGAAAGCGAAUCGUAGUAAGAAAUCAAUUAAACAACAACAAAGUGUCAAUCAAGCGGAUAGUACAAUGGACGAUUUACUUACUGUACCAUCAGCAACUAUGACUAAUACCGAAACACAUGAAUUACCAACUCCAAAUAACCUUGAUCAACCAGCUACUCUUAUUUCGCAACCAACUUAUGCACCAUUAAGUCUAAAUGAAAUGCCAGCUACACCUAAUCCUCUAAUGAAUAAUGCAGCUAAUGAUUUACUUUACGGACUUCAUCAAUCUCGUGUAGACAGAAAUUAUUCAACAAAUUUUAAUGAUAAUAAUAAAUCAAAUGAACAAGAUAAACUCCUAAAUACUUCUGCAAUACGAAGUGAUCUUAAAUUAACAAAUGAACAAAUUUCAUUUGCUCGUGAUCUUUUUCGUACAAGUACUUGCUUAACACGAGCAGAUAAAAGUCGAAUUUUAGCUUUUAUUGCUGGUGUUCGUGAUCGUUCAUCAGAUAAUAAUAAUUCAAAUAAUCCAAUUGUAACAAUAAAAUUAACUGAAAAAGAUGAAACAAUACCUGAUCCAAAUACAGGUCAACUCCAACAAUAUUUUGCUGAAACAUUUUUUCAAAUGAACACAUCAACUGGUGAAUGGAAACGUAUUAAAAAAUUACGACCACUAAAUCAAAUGAAUUAA